UACUGAUCCACGAAACUAGAGAGGAAAUUUGCGGGCAUCAGUUCGCAUUCCAAUAGCUUCAGGCCAGAUAGACAUUUCCAUGCCAAGUAGAUUGUGAUAGAAGAAGGAAAGCAUCAGUGAUCAACAUGGCGAUGAAGUUAUGGGUUCUUCUUUUAUUUGCUUCAUCAUGGGAAAUGACAUACAGUAGAAGUUGUCACGUUGAGAGAUAUACCUAUUAUACGAAAACGUAUUACUACGAACGUUGUGGUUCUUGGAGAAACUGGUGGAGAUGUAAAAAAUCAAGAAAUAAAGAAGUUAAAGGACAGAGGUGCGCCGCCGGAUGGACCACGUAUGCUGGGAACACGUGCUGUUAUGCAAUAUGUGGCGGGAAUAUAACUCCCAGAGGUGCUUGUGAUCAAGCACAGUAUGUCGCCACGAAACAUGGUCUGAAAUGGAUAGAAUCAAACGGCGAAUGUAAUUAUCCGGGAGUUUGUACCAAAUGCAACAAAUAUUACUACAACAACGGCUGGAGAUGUACAGCUUGUCCAUCUAUACCACAUUGUUUGGAAAUGCACUGCGAUGCCACUGCUGAUUCAACAAUUUGUGCCAACUGCGAAGGAGUUGUUAUGGAUAUUCCAUAUCACAGAGCCUAUGUUAGAACUGAUGAUAGAAAACAGUGUCUACAGGCCUGUUCCUGGCGGACAGACAGCACCAGGUGCUACCCUGGUUACUGUGAGGGCGAGCUUGCAGACAAAUGCAACUGUACUCGAGGAUUUACUGGAAAGCAUUGUGAACAAAUGACAGAAUAUGCGGACAUUCUUGAUAACCUUUUCAAGCUAAGGCACAAUCACUAUGUGUUGACGAAUCCGUCCCAUUCCGUGGAUCCAGGGCCUCAUCCUGUUGUGUGGUCUAAUUACAAAAACUGGAAUCUGGCAGAAACCGAGUGGAACGCUAAAUACGUAAUCAAGGAACGACUACCCACAAAUGAAUCUCACUAUAUAAAACAGUUUAUCUACGGCAUCAUAGAAGCUUCUACCACUCUUAAUUAUACAUACACUGUUUGGGAUGUCUUAAAGACUAGUGUUAAUAUAACAGACACAACCAACUCGUCGAUAGAGUCAAAUUCCACAGUGGAUCCGGUUUUCAAUGUGACAUACGUUCCUAGAACGAAUCAGAAAAUCGAUCUACACGAAUGUUCCCAGGCGUCCAGUGCCACACCGGCAACAUCGUCUUUAGGAUGUAACAAAGUAUUUAUUCUGGAAUCUGAAUCCAAACCAUUCAACUUCAGCACAGGAGACACAUUAACAUUCACAAUACAGGCCAAAAUUGGAGGACAUCUUGUUAUGGAAAAUAGGGAAAGGGAAGUGAAUGAAACUCAUUAUUUGAUUGGAACAACCAAAACUUUGCAAUAUGUUUUCCGUUGGGACUUUGUUGAUCCUUAUCAUUGUGUAGAGUAUGCGGAAACAAAUAGCGACUGUAAAGAUCCACUUUCAGUUCCUGAUCUAACUGAAGAUCCUUCGAUUACAAUAAUAUGGAAUGAUUGGCGUGAUGACUUGGCAGGAUUGCAGGAGUAUCAUUAUGAGAUUCAAACACUGUCCAGCAGAGGUAACAUAUUGCAGGAGGAUGGACCUCUUAAAGAAAAUGGAACUGGAAUAAUUUACUUAAACGAGUCAUCGAAAUCAUUGAAAUUACCCGGAACUGCAGGACUUUUUUCCAUCCAUUUGACAGCUUAUGACAAAGCGGGAAAUUAUAAGACUACCAGACGUCUCGUUCUGUAUGACAGUAAUUCGCACGUGUCACACAACCCGCUACGGGUGACCCGUGUUCAAACAGGAUCAGAAAAAACAAACUACACAUGGAUUGUUGACAACACAGCUAUUGUCGAUGUCCAGUGGCCGAAGAGAUUUCGAAAUUCAUUGCAUGAUCAUAAUAAAUGGCUAGAUGAAGUUUCAAUAAAUCCUCAUAUUUCAGAGAAAUACGACGAUUAUUCAGGAUGGCGGCCUAUCACAAAAGUAAACAAUAUCGCAGGCUGUGUUGAUUUUAAGGUCGAGUUCUUUGUUUAUGAUGGAUCAGGCGUGAGAGAUUCAAGAGAGCUGACGUCAGUUAGUGAUAUAUCCAAAGAGUCUGAGUCACUGACUUUAGAUUGGUCGGAUGGAGACAAAGCGGUGAUAACGGUUGUAGCAGUGGACAUUUUUAAUAAAACUUUAAAUGAUACGCUUACAGUCUUCCGAGACGCUACGCCUCCCAUAAUAGAAAACCUGUGGUUGACACGCGGGGACAGACUGAACAUCAGUGUUCACAGGCUUGAAGACUUUACGGAGAUGACCGUUGAGUGGUUGGCGUAUGAUUAUCACAGUGGAAUUGACAGUAUCUAUUGGAAACUAUACGAUAAUUUUACUGGGCAGAACAUCAUUCAUGGUCAUGAAGAUUUGCUUUCUCAGGGAUCUUCUCAGGAUAUGGCAGAAUGCGUUCAGAAUUACAGUAACUAUAGCAGGGGACCUAACUGCUACCAAACCAGCCACUGGGGAGCAUACCAUAGACAUUUUCAGGUAAAACCGGAAGUGAAAAGGGAUGGUGGACUCGUUCAUGGCAAAGACAGUGGCGUACAUGAUUCCGACUAUUUCUUAGAAGUCAAAGCAACAAAUAAGGCCCUCUUAUCCACCGUGCUCACAAAGAAGAUAACGAUUGAUUUGUCACCUCCACAUACCGGAACAGUCCAAGAUGGAUUGAAAGGAACUGAUGAGGUGGACUUUCAACAGAGUAAGACUCUGAACGCUCACUGGGACGGUUUCUUUGACAAGGAGAGUGGUGUCAUGUUCUACAUGUAUGGCUUUAGUACUGAACCAAUUCCUGCCAGUGCCUUGCAGCUGGAUUCCAAUAAUUCAAUUGUGAAAGAAACAUAUGCAAUACAUGCAACUCACAUGGUGGCCACUGAGGGCACAUAUUAUGUAUGUGUUGUUGCCUACAAUCGAGCUCUGGAGCCUUCGAAGCCAGUGUGUUCUGACGGGGUCACUGUAACUACCACUGUACCAACAGUGUCAGAAGUGUACAUUAGUAGUGCUCACGUCAGAGAGAGUUUGGUGACAGACGUAGAGAGAACUAUGUAUUGGGUGGUCAGUAGAAAUAGACACAGAAGAUUAAUAGCUGAGCCUACAGCGGAUUGUGUGAGCAAGGCUGUGCCAUUACCUGACGUUGACAUGUUUCCGGUUGAUUACUACAAGAACGGUUCUUAUAUUCAAGUGAAUGGAUCAGUGUUUUGUGUUAACACGUCAACAACGUCCGCCAUUUCAAGUCCUGUUUUAUCAAAAUCAUCACACAUCAUUCUCUCUUGGUCUGCAAAUGAAACAAUCAUCCACGAUUACGAAGUUGGACUAGCAACAGUGUUUGGAAGCAGAGCUCCGGAUGUAAUGGCUUUCAGAUCUACAAACCAACAUCGUCAUACUCACUUGAUGCACACAGAUCUACCUGAGGGAGAACCUUUUUACUUCAUCAUUAAAACAAUCAGCAAAGCAAACGUUGAGGGCAUUCAGUCUAUCGGACCAUGUUUCGUUGAUACUACACUGCCAGCUUUUUCCCCGCCAAUAAGAAUCAUUCAUCAAAGUGGUUACCUAGUGGCCUUUUGGAGCGUUGGAAGUUUUUCUGAUGUGGAUGAUCCAUUUCCUCUUUCUCUUCAAUUUGCCAUUGGUCAUACUCCAAGAGGUACACAGGUACAGAAGUACAGAUCGUUAAUGACUGGGGUUAGCUGUGCUGAUACAAAACCAGCCAACUGUACAGCGAUGUCUGUGUCUGACAUGGAAUGGGGAAUUCACGGAAACCACACGUAUUACAUCACAAUAAAAGCUGAGAACGCGGCGGGUCUCACUACCUAUGGUGUGUCAGAGCCGUAUAUCCAUAAUGUGCAGCUUCCAUCAACAGGAAUAGUCAUGGACAUAGUGAAUGAUGUGGCUUUUCAUUUUAUUGACAUAGAAGACAUUGAUUACACAUCUGUGACAGACAGACUCUCAGCAAGAUGGACAGGAUUUUCUCAUGCAUAUCUUGACAUCACUUAUAAAUUCCGUGCGGGAACUUCACCAGGCACUGCUGACGUAAUUCCUGAAAAGGAUGUCGGACGAAAUAAAUCGCAUACUGAACAUGGUCUCACUUUGGCAUUUUUCAAGACCUAUUACGUCACCGUGACUGCUGUAUCGUCUGCUGGCAGUGUUGAAAUGACAUCUGAUGGACUGACGGUUGUCCAAGAAAAUGCGUCUCUGUCUGGUAUUUUUGUUUUUGAUGGCGAGGAAUGCGUUACAGAAGCAUGGAAUACUACCAUAAACCAAAUCCAUCAUGACUGGAUUAUUCACCGUAAUUGCACAAGAGACAGUGACUUUCAGUCGUCUACAGAUACUUUGAGUGGAUACUGGACAAUCUCGAACGAAUCAUUGCCUUUCACACCAGACAUGUAUUAUCGCAUUGAAAUGAAAUCUCUGUAUGGGGACGAUUGGAGUGUCUAUCAAAAUUACAGUUACAAUUACGGGAGUCGGCAUGUCCACGUCACUGGACUUCUGCUGGAGCCCGGCAGACUAUAUCGAUUUGGUGUCAAACCAUGUGCAAUACAGAUUUGUUACCAGCCGACACAUAGCAACGGUAUCCUGAUUCUAGCAAAUCCACCAGCAUCAGGUGAUAUAAUUGUAAACCAUGAUAAUUCGUCCUCAGAGGAAAAGCUUAUAGUAGUCAUGGAUAUGCUUGCGGACCCAGAUAUACAGAUUCCAAAAGAUAAAUAUGGAGUUAUCAACAGAUAUGAGUGGGCCAUCACGGACCAAUCGGAGAUUGGGAGAUUACACACUCUGUGGCAUGAACUGAAAGAUUUCCAAGUCAUACCUCAUAAAUACAAGAUGGAAUUCACGAUAACGUUGGAUGGAAAAAUUGACUUUUCAAAGUGCCGACGUUUCACCGUUAGGGGAUACAACAAGGCUGGGGUAUAUUCUGCGGUUUCUACAGAAAUCAGGGACUGUAGUGCAUUUGACCCUCAACUCAUCAAACCCAACAUUGUUAUUGAUGCUGUAGGAACACCAGAUGUCAGCAGAGAUGGACAUGGAGAAGUCAUUAUUUUGCAAACAAAUGCUAGAUGGUCACAUCCCGACAUGGACUAUACGCCAAACAUGAACUAUAUAUCCGCCGUUUGGCCUACUCUGCGCUACAAUUCUUACACCGUGGCAGUCAUCCGAACUCAGAAUAUUGAUGUCGCUACUUACUAUCUGCCAGCAACCAGCUUGUCCCUGAAAGAUCCUUGUAGACAUGCAGAUGCUAUAAAAUGUGAUAAAACAGAGCAUGAAUUUAUCAAUGUAAAAUUCAAUGACGGUGAGCUUGAACACGGACAACGUUAUGUUGUAUGUAUUCACACGGAACAUACGGAAAUUACAUACGAAAAAUGGACUCAAGUUCUUCCGGAAAUUAAUGUUUGCAGCGAUGGGAUUGUGGUGGAUCUCACACCUCCAUCUGCAGGAAACGUUUGGAUCGGGAAACAAGGACAACGAUAUCAGAUAUCUGCAACUGACUUAUAUGUGACCUGGGAUUCAUUCAUUGACGUAGAAGAGUUUAAUAUGAUAUCUCAUUCAUCUGGAAUUCAGAACUAUCAGUUAGGAUUAGGAACAUCUGUGGGCGGAAAUGACGUUGUAGCAUUUUUCGAUGUGGGUGUUGUCAAUCACAGAGCUCUCCAUGGUCUGACUCUACACAGUGGUCAUAAGUACUAUGCAACAAUACGCGCGACCGAUUUUGCCAAUAGAACAACUAUCCAAACAUCGCCACCCAUCAUCAUCGAUACAAGCUCUCCUUUAAAAACUGACCAGCGAAUAACUAUCUCAGGGCGUCACAUCAUAUCCAACUCUGAACUUGAAACAUGCUGGAAGGGCGUGUUCAGUGACCCGGAGAGUGGAAUUGACUUUUAUAUGUGGUCUGUUGGUUCACAGCCCGGUCAUUCCGAUAUCAUGGAGUACACUCGAGAGGAUUUUGAAUGUGGAGUGAAUGAUAAAAAUGAAAGACUAGAUAUCAAAGAAGGGCAUGCUUACUAUAUAUCUGUCAAGGCAUUUAAUAAAGCCCAUCUAAUGUCGAUGGCAACCUCUUGGGCCUAUACGGUUGAUCUCUCUCCUCCUGUCCAAGGUCACGUUUUGGAUGUUUUGCCUACAAAAAGCAUUACAGUAGAUAUAGACUUCCAAACAGACACGGAAGCACUGGCAGUGGUCUGGUAUGGGUUUCUUGAUCCCCAUUCUCUAAUCCAAGAAUAUUUUAUCAAUAUUGGAACUUGCCCUCUAUGUGAUGACGUCAUUGGACGACAGAGUGUUGGCCUUGUGAAUGAACUUACCAUAGAUUUUGUCCAUUUCGGAUCGGGUUUGACCUACUACACUACCGUUACUGCGUGCAAUUCAGCUGAGUUUUGUACCACUGCUGUCUCGGAUGGCGUUAUCAUGGAUAAUAGUCCUCCAAAUAUGGGCGUAGUUACAGAUGGUACCUCCCCUAAUGACAUGGAAUACCAGUCAAUCAGGAAUUGGAUUGGUGCCAGAUGGUAUGGAUUCACUGACCCUCAGUCUGGGAUAUCUCAUUAUGUCUGGUGGGCUGGGACAACUCCAGGGGGGAAGGAAAUUCUACCUGAGGAAACAGUUCACUUAUUUGAGGAGGCAUCUGCAUACAACUUCUCACAGGAGUUACCCGUAUCAAAGCGCAUAUACGUAACAGUCAGAGCAUAUAACAAAGCAGGCUUGUUUGUGGAUGCAGUGUCUAAUGGAUUUCUUGUUGACCAAACUCCGCCUGAGAUCAAAAGUGGACCAAAAUUCAAACGAGAUUUUGGUCUGACGGAAAACACACAAUUUUACAGGUCGUCUGUCAAGGUGGAGUGGGAUGUGGAUGAUCCACAAUCACACAUCGAAAGGCAGUACUUUUCUGUGAAAUCCCACAUCGGCGGUGACUUUGACUUUUUUUCUACCCAAGUAAAUGGCAUUGCAAGGGAUUUUAUUCUUAGUGGCAUGAAACUGCAUGAUGGAGUCACCUAUUAUGUGACCCUACAUUCAUGCAAUGGAGCACAAAUUUGUGCUUCUAGCACCUCUUCCGGAAUUCUAGUGGAUAGUACGCCACCAAGCAGAGGUAUGUUUGCGGUGCAGACUGACCAUACCGUUGACGCAGACUUGAGUCGUCACGUCUCCGGGUUUAUGACGUGGUGGAAGUAUUCUGUAAACCUCGCCUGGUUGGGAUUUGCUGACGCUCAUUCGGAUAUCACUCAUUACUUCAUCAAUGUGGGGUCACAUUAUAUGGGAGCUGAUUUAAAUGCUAAACCCGGUGUUCCUAAAAAGAUUAAUCAUUCGACAAGGGGAGAGGAUCGCUUUGAUGAAGGACUAGUUCAAACAUACCGAAUUAUAACCCAGAAACUUGUGGCCUUCGACUACCUAUAUAUUAGUAUUUGGGCAGUGAACAAAGUAGGAUUAUCAAGUGCCAUAGUCCACUCGAAAUUUAGAAAGCUUCCACAAGGAAUUUUAUUCUUAGUAAGACGAUGUGAAUCUGAAGAUUGUGAGGGGCAGUGUGUCUGCGCUCCUCAGGACAAAGUUUGUCACAAUAACGGUUCCUCUUGUAUUGACGUCACGAUAGGAAACACAAAUAAUCUCCUCCAAGUGUCUGACGUAAUGUUUGGAACAUCAGACAUACAAUUCACACCCAGUAACACGGCACUCCAAGGCAGGUGGUCAAUAGUCCAUAGGCAAGGCAGUCCACCUUUCAUGUACCAAUGGAGUGUUGGUUUCACAGAUCAUGACGCUCCAACUGGACUAUUUGAUUCAGAACAUGAUCGAGUGUGGCAUGACGCGGGACAAAACAAUUUUAUCAUCUCUACUACUAUACCGGGACAGUAUCUAGAGGAGGAAGUUUCUUAUUCUGUUUUCGUCAAAGCCUGGUACAACAAAAACACAUACGCAGUCUUUAAAUCGAAUGGAGUUAUCAUUGCAACAAAGAAACCCGCAACCUUAAAUAUUCUUGGGAGUUCGAUUACAGAGAAAAUGAUCGGCAGUGUCAUGAAAGAUGAUGAUUAUAUAAAGGAUGGUAUAUCCUUAAUGUUGAAUUGGAGAAAUAAGUUUUCCGACGGCAAUACGACAAUAAAAUCUUACCAUGUAUACAUCGGUACCGUACCAGGAGGUCAUGAUGUGUGGGACAGUGGAGAAGACCUGCCUAACACAGAGACAACAUACUUGGUUCACAGACUGUCUCUUUCACCAGGAGUCCAGUACUACACGAAUGUUAUCGCUUACGGUUUCUCUGGAAUUCACCACACAGAAUCAUCUGACGGAUUCAAAAUUGACAAUGUCAAACCGAGAGCAGGCAUCGUGUUUGACGGAAUAGGAGUGCAUGAUCUAGAGUACCAGAAUGCAUCGGAUAUUAUUGGAGCUAGAUGGCAUGCGUUUUUGGAUACUGGAUCUGGCAUAAAGAAUUACUUUUGGUGUGUCGGCAAUACAUCGACAAUUUCAUCAAUUUACUCGAAUACGGAAUGCAGUGUAAGGAAUUGGGAAAAUGUUGGUAUUCACAUAUCCGUUUCCAGACGUCUUGAGAAGGAUUUCGUUGUUGGAAGCAUUUACUACAGUAAAGUGUAUGCAGUAGACAACGUUGGAUUUGAAUCAGAUAUCGCCGUCUCUGAUGGUGUCACAAUUGACACAUCUCCACCGCAACCUCAAUAUCUUUAUCACACCGACAAAAACCUUCUGCUGAAUCCUUCCUUUGAAAUGUCAAACAAGUCCCUUUCAGUGGAAAAUGUCGAAAUUACCAACAUCUGUACGCUCAGUGAUAACUUUAUUCCGGACCACUGGGUUCUGACCGCUCAAAGCUGUGCCUCCGUUUUGUCAGCAUUGAAGAAUUUAGCCAGAGAUGGAAAAGCCUUUCUUUUUGUCCGAGGGAGUGUGAAGCAAGUUAUUAAUGGACUAAAAACUGGGGAACUUUAUCGUCUUAACCUUUUCUCGAGUCACCUUUCAGGAAGAGUUGCAUCCAUCGCUAAUAAGGAAGGGUUUGUUUCGAUUGGGAAAAUGAAACACGUGUUUCUUCUGUAUUCAAAGGCUUACAGGAAUGACGAGCACGGCUUAUCUUCCUCUCGUGAGAUUGUCUCCUGGCAUAGACAUACCUUUUAUUUUACUGCAACUGAUGUCACCACAGUUUUAGAGAUUGGCAGUGCAGAUGUCAAAACUGGUCUGUUUGUAGACCAUGUGGCAUUUGAACACGUAGAGAAGAAUAAAAACGAUAGUAUAGACUCCCAUGUGUCCGCCCAUGUCGUUUAUUUACAUGAAUGGGGUUCUAUACACGGAUCAUGGAGUUUCUUCGAAGAUUUCAGUCCGAUAAGGGAAUACCAAUGGGCAAUAGGUUACACAAAAGGUGGUACACAGUUACAAGGUUUUACUAGUGUUGGACAAAAUAAUUUUGGAAUGAAUGCCAAUGUUACCCUUGUCCACAACACGUUUGUUCACAUAACGGUAACUUCAUUAAAUACUGCUGAACUCCUCGGAAUAUCUUAUUCUGUUCCCAUCAUCGUUGAUCUGACACCACCCAUUAUUUCCUAUGUGUACGAUGGAAGGUCAUCAAGUGGAGAUGAGGAUGCUUGGACAGAUAGUGAAGUAGUCCUUAAAUUUAUGGUAACAGAUGAAGAAUCGGAUGUUGAUUAUUGUGAAUGGGCAAUAGGCUACCAACCUCAAGGAAUAGAGUUACAGACAUUUGAAAGAUUGAUAACCAAAGAAACAUUUUUUUCAAAAGACUUUGAAUACAGUUUACUCGAAAAUCGAACUGUAUACUCGACAAUCAGAUGCCACAAUCGUGCCGGAUUAUCAACCUCCAAAUCGUCGGAUGGAGUCAAAAUUUCAAUACGUUCACCAUCAGUAGACCAUGCAGAAGUAGUUGUUCUCCCGAUGUCCAUUACUGAGUACCAAGCUGGUAGUCAUUAUCAAAGCGUCAAAAACGGUGUUAAACUUCGGUGGUCUGGUUUUGAUGACUACGUAGGAAUUGAACAGUACAGGAUAAUUUUUUCUGGUGAUGGAAAGAAAAUUGAAGAGAAGAUGUCCUUCCCAAUCGGACAAGAUAUGAAAACUGCAAAUAUCAUGAAUUUGGAGAUGGUUGCAGGCCUGAAGAAUAUUACUUUUCAAGCGAUCAAUAAACUUCUUCUUUCAAGCAGCAACGUUCUGUACAACGUUACAGUUGUUAAAGAUAAACCAGGAAAAGAAGAUGGGAUACCUUUGAGAGUGACAUGGCAUGCCGGAAACAAAGAAUUUACUGUAUCCUGGGACAAAGUAUUCACUUCCAAAUAUCCAUUGUUCUACGAAGUUUCUGCGGGAACUGUUGAAGGCGGAACGAACAUUUUACAAUGGCAGGAGACCACACUAUCCAGUAUCACGUUUGAUGUACCACCAACAAUCACAAACCUGUCCAAUUUGUCUGUCCACGUGUUUGUAAGAGCAAUCAAUGUCGGGGGAACUUACGAGGACAUCAAGGGAUUCAUAAGACUUUCUAAAUAAUAAUGUACAUAUUAUCAAACUACUUUGAAUGUUUUGUAAGACACAGGAAAACAUUACUUCAUACGCAACGUUUUCUCUUACAAGCUAACUGGAUUUAAAAAAUAGGAAAUUAUUUCAUACAAACUCUUUCACAGGGUUUUAUUGUCUUAGAAAGAAUUCCAGUUUAGAGCAGAAUAAUAAAAUUCGAAGACGUCUUCGUACCGAAUUCAAAACACUAGUACGCAUUUGUCUGUUUAUUUUUAACUUUUGAAACGUGUUCUAUUUUGUAUAUUAGGCGGCCUACGUUCCUAACCGAUCUACUUGAACUUUAUGCAUGUUUUCUUAAAAACCCUUUGUAUUGUUAGUAUCACAUGGGAAUCCUUAUUAUAUUUUUAUCCUGUGAAUUUAAUAUGUUUCGGGUUAUUUUUAGUUUGCAACUUCAAUUCUUUGUUGUAUUCCAACAAUAUUUAAUACUAAUAGAUCUAAAGAUUUGCAUGUAUGUAAUCAAUGCAGCUGUGACAUCAAUUUUCCAUUCUGUGACCUUUAAACUGUCCAUGUAAACGUUUUGUAGCAACUCGGAAUAAGAUGGAGGUUCAAGGAAUACGUGACAUUUUAUGAACUAUCCACCAUGUUACUUUGUAUUAUUAAAUCAAUACAUUUAUUAAAAGUAUGGAUAUAUGAAAUGAAAAAGGCCUCAGAGUAUCAUUGGAUGAUUUCCUCAGCUAUCUGGCUUCUAGUUAUGAAAAUAAUUGUAGAUCUUCCACUGCAUAAAGUACUUUUAAAUAAUAAAAAUCAAAUACAGAAA